UCAGUCGCGAAAAUGACUGAUCGCUGUCCAUCCAUUGGAGCCGGUAGGACCUGUCCGGUAGCAGGCACCGCCACUGGAAGUAGAAGAAGUAGCAAGAUUGGACCCAGAGGUUGUACAUUUUCGGGUUAUGCACAGCCAGGCGACGUCCAUGCCGCCUUCGGAAUUCCAGCGGACGCGAAUGUCGAAGAGUUUCUCCGUAAGAGGGAACGAAAAGCUAUCAACGAACUUCUCUAUUCGAAUGUCCCCUCCAUGCAUGAGAUCCAAGAAAUACAAAACGCGACAGGAGUAAAGAGCCUCGACAAACUGAACGUGGAUGAACGAGACCUACUAGCAGUGGCUCUUGGGGCGCCCGCGCGGCAAGUCAUACUACGGGCAGAAGAAGUUGGACCAGCCAGCGGUUGGCGGGAUGGAUACCUGAGCACAGAAUACGGAUUCCAACCUCCGAAUACCAGUGAAGCACCGGGUGCUCUCCGCAACUCCCCGGGUCGGGUCUGGAUGGAUCUCUGUGAGAGAAUGCCGGGCUGCAUCGCUCGUGGACGCGUUCGAGAAUCCGUCGCAAAUCUGCCCAUCGUAGAGGGCACGGCCGAUAUCAUUCCCGACAAGGCUUUAUGGGCUGCUCUUGUCGCUCUGGGCAUGCUUUGCUCAAUAUACCGGUAUGAAGAGAGACACGAUGGCAAUGAGGGGAUCAAUGUCACCACCAAAUCGCUCAAGCUGCGAGGCGUGCUGAUGAGCGAGGGUCUCGGUGACGAGGUGAAGAACAUUCCCCGGAGUAUUGGACUGCCAUAUGUGCAGAUCUGCAUUCGAAUGGGACGCUCCAUUCCCCAUCUUACGUUCUUCGAUCAGUCCUCUUUCAACGUUGACUACAUCGAUCCUCAGUCAACCUUUCCUUACGUCGGUCGUUUUGAGAAUACACGAUUGAGGUGGGGAAUGUUCGGAGACAGUGCUGAGAAUGCUUUCUUGAAAGGAUGUGCCGACACGUCCGCCAGUUUUCAGCACGGUCCUGAUGCUAUGGCUGCAUGUCAAGAGCAUGUCAUGAAUAGAAACAAUGAGGGGCUACUACGCGAACUGAUUAGGCUCAAGGAGAUCUUGGAACGCAUGCCUACAGCCUUCAAUACGAUUUCUCCCAACGAUCGUUCAGGGGAAAAUUACGUUGCUCCUGCGGAAUGGGUCCGAUGGGCCAAAUUCUCCGCACCACUCUCAAAGCGCUGCCCCGCAACAUCAGGCCUUCAGUUCCCACCUUACCUCGUGAUGGACGCGUUUCUGGGCCGUAAGAGAUACGAUUCGUUCCUCGGCGCCGAAGGUGUGCAUCUGCGCGCGUGGCUACCAUCCAACCUUCGCGCCUUCAUAGCGUCUUUCGAGUAUCACUAUAGUGUCCCAGAGUACGUCAAAGCUUCUGGCGAUCCUCGGUUGAUAGGGGUCUUGGAUGGAGUAGUGGAAGCCUAUACUGGAGAGCGCGGGUUCAUGGGCGCACAUAGGUACAAAGUCUUUGGGCUUUUGGAAUGUGCAGCAAAAACUGGACGUACAGAGACAAAUGGCGCCUCAGGAGCUGCAGAUGGGUUACGGCCCUGGGAAGAAACACACAAACAGUUCUCCGAAGCGAUGAAGGAACGCUUGGAGCCAUUUCGCGGCAACAAUGAUCUCGAACCCAACCAGAUGCGCGGAACAUUCGAAGAAUGUCGAUAUCGGGGCCGCAUCCUCAGCAGGAAUUUUGUCGACUCCGACCCAGAUCGGUCUAUUUCCAUGGUCACACUCGACAUUCAGGACACCGGGAUUACCUUUCAGCCCGGUGAUCGUCUUGCUGUGAUGCCCAUGAACAGCUGGACAGAGUGUGCAAAGGUGGCUGCAGCGCUAGGGCUCGAUACAAUGCUGGAAGAUCAGGUGCUGUUAGACAAAAUGUGGUCGAGAUAUGCCGACCACAUUGGAUCCAUAACCAGAGCCACUCGACCUCAACUGACAGUCAUCGAUAUCCUGCGCAAAGGACACCUGGCCCCAAUUACCAAAGACCUCGCUACUAAGCUGCACACUAUGCUUAGAGCAUCAUCAAACACUGUUCUGCAAGUGCUCGCUACCGACGAGUGGCCCGUCCGUGCCUCUUUGGGAGACUUAUUACAAGCCGCCGUCUCUGACACACCGUCACGAAUCUGGGAUCAGGCUUUCGAUCUCGACGGAACUUUACCCUGGCUUACCGAUCUUAUCCCAGUAGAAGUUCCCAGAACGUACUCCAUAUCAAACUACUCGGAUGAGCUCCUGCCAUCUACCGUUGAUCUGACUAUAUCGCGUUCGGACUAUCAACUUUGUCCCACCUUUGCAAAAGGUCAAAAGGUCACGCGCCAUGGAGUUAGCAGCGGCUUUCUAAAUCCCCCGGUUGGUGAAGAGAUGGAUGUUCUCGACGAUGAGGAACUGUUGCUCGGCGUGUCCCGGCCAUUUGCCUUUCAAUUGCCUUUUGACGAUACCUCACCCGUCGCUUUCUUUGCUGGAGGGAGUGGCAUCGCUCCUUUCCGAAGCUUCUGGCAGGCACGGUGUGGACGCGCUUGGGGGAAGACUACGCUCUAUCUUGGAGUGCAGUCUCGGGAAAAGUUUUGCUAUGAAAAAGAACUUCGUCAGUAUGUCAACGAGGGUUUGAUGGAAGUGCACACCGCCUUCUCUCGCGACUCGAGAGGGUUCAUGUACGAUUCUUCGACCCGCGAUAUUGUAGAGAAGACAAUGGAGUCACGCUAUAUCGACACUCUUAUCGUUGAGCAGGGCCAGUCCAUAUGCGACUUGGUUAUGUCCAAGAAACAAGGUGGAGUCGGUGGGUAUCUGUAUGUCUGCGGUUCGGUUGGCGUUUUCGACUCCGUCAUGUCAGGUAUCCGCAAAGCCCUCUAUAAGUAUAGAUCUCCUACAAUGGAGACUGCAGAGACGAUCCUCAACACCGCCUUCGCAGAGCGUCGAUUCAUGCUCGAUGUGUUCAUGACUCCGAAACCUUUGCCGUGCAACCAACCGACGAUAUCGCUAUCACAGCUCGCCAUGCAUACUGGCCACACUGCCAACUCUCCAGUCUGGAUAGGUGUCCACGGAAAAGUCUACGAUGUUACCGACUUUUGCGCUAUGCAUCCCGGAGGCACGAACAUUAUCAAAUCGAAUGGCGGUGUCGACUGCAGUAAGUCAUUCGACCUACUCGCCCAUACAAACAACCCGGAAGUGUCCUCGCUCUUGACUAAAUACUAUAUUGGGGAGCUCACGCCGAAAUAUUCGUAUCGCUCCGAAGAAAUAAGCAUGCUCUAUGAUCUCUGGAAGAGCUACCUUCGAGUUGCGACGGAACAGGUUGUAGCAUCGCACUUUGAGAUAGGCAUGAUUUCCGAAUCGUCAUUGGUAUGGUUUCAGGGCGACCUACUGAACAUGGGUGGUGUACGCCGCUUUUAUCACUAUCAAUCACGUCUUCUUCAAGGCGGCUUUUCGGCGCUCUUUGGCGCAAAGCUGCAAGAGUUGUAUCUCAAAAUCUCCUUUACUCUUGCCAAUGCCUCAUCUCUAGCGGGGUCUGCCAAGUUAUCCGAUGUACUUGGAAUUAUUGCGCACGCCAAAGGAUCUGCCGAUGCGGUUGCGUGUGCGAACGAGAUAUCUCAAAUUGGACAGUUUACUUGCGAUAGCGAGUCUGCAAGACAUCAUGAGAAAGGCAUCAUCUCUUAUGCACAGCGUUCCGUUAAGUCCGACAUGGAAUUCCUCGAGUCCAUACGUGCGGAAGCUUGUACUGGAAUGGACGCCUUUGACUCCAUAAUGGAACUGGAAGCCGAGUCCGAAUCGGAACGCGUCGCGGCUCUGUCGGCUUUCCUCAUGACAGUCCUCGAGCGUAUGGCAAACCGCUUGCAGGCAUUUUAUGCUAAAAUUGCUCGCUACUCCAUUUUCCAACCCGAGAUGGAGCGCAAUCCAGCGCGAGCGCGUUGGAAUAUCUUGAAGCGUAAGGUCCAGGAUGGUUCAUUCUUCACUUUGACACGGCAUACCACAAUCGCUUCCACUGCCCUCUUACAGCAGUCCCAACAACCACAAAAAGGCGUCGAUUUUGAUCAAGUCAUGGCAACGAUCCAGAAGAACUUGCACAACGCCCCUACUCCAUCUCUCCAACCCCCUCUAGACCUCAAUGCCCAGCAUGCCGCACGUGCCCUUGAUACAUCCACUGGAGCCCCGGCUUACGAGCAACACACCCAAAGCAGUGCCCUCAAAGCAAUGUCCUCCUUUAUCGACACCAACAAACGCGCAAUCCGCCGUCUAAGCAAACUCCCACAGUCUGUCGAUCUCAACCAACUGAUGCAAGCAUACGAUUCAACUUCUAACAACGGUCUACCCACACCUCCCACAAGCCGCUCCCCAUCCAUAACCCCACGUCCAACGCACAACCGCGGCCCUUCCAUCUCAUCUAUGCAAUCCACCCAAAGCCAGCCUCAAACCCCAGCCGCCACUAUGUCCGCUCUUAUCACGAAAAUGAACACGCGGUCGAGAUCGUCCACCAAUGUUUCAUCCCAGUCCAUGACAUUUCCUCCGUCCCCUCCACAUAGCGCUGCUCAGGAACUGAGCGAGCGCAUCCAUUCUAUGCAACUGCAUCAGUCUUACUCUAGUAGUCCGGGUAUGAAUGCGCAUUCUAGAUCAAAGAGCUCUAUGACGUCUCCUACGGCUCAGGGUCCAAGUAUGGGAGGUGGAAAUGGGAAUUUGAGGAGUUUUAGGCUGCAGGCUAGUGCAUUGGCGGGUGGGAUGACAAGUCGUCCUCGAGGCGGCGAUGGGAAGAUGUGA